UCCCUCUGAACUUUACAUUCCGCGCGGACCAGCCCCCCGUUCAGCAGCAUGCCUCUCUCCAACAAGUGGUGGAUUUUGUGCGCAGUUUUGCUCUCCUGUCUGGUCCGUUUUGGGUCCUGCAGAAAAGCACAUGGAGUGCCAGCUGAACCCGUCAUCUUCAGUGAGUUAUGUGCCCUGAAGGACGAGCCGGGGCCGUGCAGGGCCAUAAAGGACAGGUACUUCUUCAAUGUUGACUCCGGACGCUGUGAACUCUUCGAAUACGGAGGCUGUGGGGGAAACCAGAACAAUUUUGAGACUUUGGAAGAAUGCGAGGAAACAUGUCUCGUCUCGGAUAAGAAGAACCCAUGUCAUUUACCCCAGGCUCCCGGUCCCUGUCGAGGGCUUGUGUCACGCUUCUUCUUUGACAGCUCGAGUCAGGAGUGCAAGCAGUUCUAUUACGGAGGAUGUUUUGGCAAUGCCAACAAUUUCAGGACCAUGGCUGAGUGUCAGGGAAAAUGUCUAAAUCCAGCACCAGAAUCUCCUUCUCCAAGCAAAGACGAUGUUCAGCCAACCAUCGAGACCGGGGAACAAAUUGCAAAUGAACCUUUGGUGCAACGGAAUGACACAAAUCCAGAGACAAACGACUUCACUCUUUCAGAGCUGUGCUUCAGACCUGUGGACAAGGGGACAUGUAGUGGUUCAGAGAAGAGAUACGCAUACAUUCCAGAAAAAAAGCGAUGCCAGUCAUUUUCCUACAGCGGCUGUGGAGGGAAUGAAAACAACUUCAUAACCCGGAGACACUGCUUCCACAAAUGCAUCAGAAAGGGUCAUGGGAAGAGGAUGACGAUCCGAGUAAAGAGGAAAAACUUACACAACAUUCUUAAUCACUCAAGAAGAACACUCGACUCUGUGUGAGAUUCUACUCUGCUGUCAGCUGUAUUUAUGCCAAUAUAUGUUUUGUUUGGGUUUUUUUAGCUUUAUGCAUGUUUUUUGUUUGUUUUUUUCUGCUGUGCAACCAAGUUUGCCACAACCCCUUGACAUCAUUGCUCCUCUUAGCAAUAUGAUUUUCUUGACUUGUUGAAACAUGUUUAUUCAUCCCAGGAAUAAUUUGGGGUUUAUGUCAAUAAAAACUCUGUUAAUUUUAUUUUUGGAUUUAAUGUUUGUAAAGAAAAAAGCUUCAUAAAAACAGACAGAGUUAGCCACUGAGAAAUAUCAUAAAGAGCCGUAUCCUGUCUGCUUGUCUGUGUGUGACCCUUUGCUGCUCAGACUGCUGAUGCCAUGACCUUUAAUAAAGAGCUGCCACAUAUGAAUGAAACAUACACUGAACAGGCUAUAGUGUAUACAUGAUGAUCAUGUCUUUAUGAUGUCUUUUCAAUAAUAACUUGCUCAGAAAAGGGCAAGCAUAGCAUCAAAAAAAUAAUAUUUCUGCCUUUCAUUACAAAACAUUAAAAUUCACGACCUUAGCAGCAGCCUGAGCGACACACAGAGACACAAGAAACACAGAGACACAUGAGCUUUGAUAUCGCAGCAGGAUAGUCGUGUUUUCAAUAGCGCAAUCAGAAAAAAAUUGGUUUGAGCUUGAUCUGUAUGAGCCAGUGUCAUGAACCUAAUGAGUUGUGUCACAUACAUCAUCAAACUGAAAAGGAUAAAGCUGCAACAUGAAAGCCAGCCAAUACUUUUCACUGCAUUAUUAGUUUAAAUGCAGGCAUCAUAUUAACAGCAGGGGUUUAUUUUUAAUAUUUCUUCUUAUUAUUAUUAUAAUUAUUAGGCUUUAUACUCCAAUAAAGUGGGGAUACUUACCGGUAAAGUAAUGUUGCAAAAUUACAGGAUUUGCAUCAGAAUUUAUGGAAAAAAUAUAACAUCUUACAAGCAGACCUUGAAAUAAUUGCUACACCGUGCUGCUGAGGACGGUGCUCUCUGUUGGUGUCGUUGUACGUCAGGCAGAAUCUCAUAUUCUUCUGUGGCACGCUUGGCUUUGGACAACAGCUCUUGUGUAAAAAUGAUUUUUAACCUCUUAAGCCCCAACCCUACCUGAUCUCCUGCCCCAUAUCAGGGGGCGUUGGGGCUUAAGAGGUUAAGUACCUAAAUUGGAUUUUUAAUUAAUGAAACUUAUUAUUCGCAUUGUUUCUAUGGCUUAUUGACAAAAAACACAUUUGUUUGGCUGAUGUUCAUGCUCUGGGCACUAAUGCUUUGCACUGCAGUUAUUAUAUGUAUACAUAUUUUAUGUCUUUCUAUUUUUACGACCAGAUAUUAUCGUUUCGAUUUAAACUUCUCACUAUAGCCUUAAUGGGAAUACAUCUAAUGCAUAUUUACUGUGUAUGUACAGCACCUGAUGCUGUUCUACUGUGGUGUUGGUAUAGUUUCUCUUCAGUGUGAACGGCAGCAUUAAAGUUGUGCACAAUUCUUCGCCCAGAAUGGAAUUUUUUAAGCAAAUCCACAAUCAAGAAACCAUCACAGCUGUAAAUCAUUGUGAACAGGAUAAUGACUGUAUUGUUGUUUGUUAUUGAUUUUUUUUAUGACUUUAAAUCAAUGUUUUCAAGCUUUGGAAUGUUGUUGGUAAGAAAAGCCAGAAGGGGGCAGUGCUGUGUAAAGAAAGAAGUUUGUGAGCAGCAGACAAACAGUGUGUUGUUUACUGUACAUGGCUGUAAUGGAUGGGACUGUAAGAGUUUAUAUAAUAAAUUUCAACGAUCCUA